UCCCGGGCCAGCGCCCCCUCCCGCGCCCCAACAAGCGCCCCACGUUCUCGCAGGACUAGCGUGCUCACUCCUUUCCCCUCGGCCCCAGCCCCUUUUCUCGGCUUCUGCCUCUUCCACCGGGGACGCCCCUCUCUUGCCUCCCCACGGAGCCCAGACCUCGGGGAACGAGACCGGGACGCCGGGACGCAGGUGGCGGGGCGGGAAGCCCGACGGGCCGAGGGUCGCCGGCGGCUGGCAGGGGAGCGGGAGCGGGUGGGGCCCCUCCCCGCAGGCGGGCGCGCGGCGGGCCGAGGGGGCGGGCCCAGGCCUCCCGCGCGCCGCCGCCGCCCCUCCAGCCGCCUCUUCGCUCCUCAAGUCGGCGCGACCCAGGUGCCAGCGGGCAGGAGGCGCCUGAGGAUGUGCGGCUGGCCGCUGCUCCUGCUUUGGGGGCUGCUCCCCGGCGCAGUGGUGGCGGGGGGCUUGGGCCGGGCCCUCCCGCACCGCACCCUCCUCGACUCCGAGGGCAAGUACUGGCUGAGCUGGGGCCCCCGGGGCGGCCGGCUCGCCUUCCGCCUCGAGGUGCGCACCGCCGGCUACGUGGGCUUCGGCUUCUCGCCCACCGGGGCCAUGGCCGGGGCGGACAUCGUCGUGGGCGGCGUGGCCCACGGGCGGCCCUACCUGCAGGAUUAUUUUACAAAUGCAAAUAGAGAGUUGAAAAAAGAUGCUCAACAAGAUUACCACCUGGAAUAUGCCAUGGAAAAUAGCACCCACACAGUAAUCGAAUUUACCAGAGAGCUGCAUACAUGUGACAUCAAUGACAAGAGUAUAACGGAGAGCACUGUGAGAGUGAUCUGGGCGUACCACCAUGAAGAUGUGGGAGAAGCCGGCCCCAAGUACCAUGACUCUAAUCGUGGCACCAAGAGUCUACGGCUGUUGAAUCCUGAGAAAACCAACGUGUUAUCUACAGCCAUACGAUACUUUGACCUGGUGAAUCAGGACGUCCCCAUCCCAAACAAAGGUACAACCUAUUGGUGCCAAAUGUUUAAGAUUCCUGUGUUCCAAGCAAAGCAUCAUGUAAUAAAGGUGGAGCCGCUGAUACAGAGAGGCCACGAGAGUCUGGUCCACCACAUCCUGCUCUAUCAGUGCAGCAGCAGCUUUAACGACAGUGUCCUGGACUAUGGCCACGAGUGCUACCACCCUAACAUGCCUGAUGCCUUCCUCACCUGCGAGACCGUUAUUUUUGCCUGGGCCAUUGGUGGAGAGGGUUUUUCCUAUCCACCUCAUGUUGGAUUAUCCCUUGGCACUCCGUUAGAUCCUCGUUAUGUGCUCCUGGAGGUCCAUUAUGACAAUCCGACUUAUAAGGAGGGCUUAAUAGAUAAUUCUGGACUGAGGUUAUUUCAUACAGCAGACAUAAGGAAGUAUGAUGCUGGGGUGAUCGAGGCUGGCCUCUGGGUAAGCCUCUUCCACACCAUCCCUCCAGGGAUGCCUGAAUUCCGGUCCGAGGGUCACUGCACUCUGGAAUGCCUAGAAGAGGCUCUGGAAGCUGAGAAGCCAAGUGGAAUCCAUGUGUUUGCUGUUCUUCUCCAUGCUCACCUGGCUGGCAGGGGCAUCAGGCUCCGUCAUUUUCGCAAAGGGGAGGAAAUGAGAUUACUGGCUUAUGAUGAUGAUUUUGACUUCAAUUUCCAGGAGUUUCAGUAUCUAAGGGAAGAACAAACAAUCUUACCCGGAGAUAAUCUAAUUACCGAGUGUCGUUACAACACAAAAGAUAGAGCCCGGAUGACUUGGGGAGGAUUAAGCACCAGAAAUGAAAUGUGUCUCUCAUACCUUCUUUAUUACCCAAGAAUUAAUCUUACUCGGUGUGCAAGUAUUCCAGACAUUAUGGAACAACUUCAGUUCAUUGGUGUUAAGGAGAUCUAUAGGCCAGUCACGACCUGGCCUUUCAUUAUCAAAAGCCCCAAGCAGUAUAAAAACCUUUCUUUCAUGGAUGCAAUGAAUAAGUUUAAAUGGGCUAAAAAAGAAGGUCUUUCCUUCAACAAGCUUGUCCUUAGCUUGCCAGUGAACGUGAGAUGCUCCAAGACAGACAAUGCAGAGUGGUCGAUUCAAGGGAUGACAGCGUUACCUCCCCACGUGGAAAGACCGUAUAAAGCAGAGCCUUUGGUGUGUGGAGCCUCUUCUUCCUCUUCCGUGCACAGAAAUGGCUCUUUUGAGCUUCUCGUGGGCUUCAUGGCACUCGGUAGCUUGCUGCACAGCGCACGCCUAUGGUCCUCAUUCUGUGCCUGGGGACGAUGUUUCCUGUGAUCCGAGCGUGUGGGUUAAAGACACUGUGGGCACGAAGAGAGAGCAUGAGGCGUGUGGAGAACUUCCGGUCACACACUCCCUUCCUCUCUGCGUCCAUCCUUCCCCGUCUACCUGAGAGAUGUUGACUGGGUUCUCUCCUUUUGCUCAGAUGUGUCUGAUCACAUGUAUCUGCUGCCAAUAAAGCAAAAGUAGACUGACUUAACACGACCUUUUUAACAAUUUGGACAAAGUCAAGUGGAAGGGAAAGAGUUCUUUAUUUCCUUCCAUGUUUCAUUUUAUUUAAAGACUCAUCAUCAUUAUUUCACUUUUCUUUGGUGAUUUGGCUUCCAGAUUCCUUUCUUAAAAGGAAUCUAAAUCUUAAAAUGCUUUCAUCUUAAAAAUGUAAAAGAAAGUACGUUCUCUUCCACGUUUCGUCUUCUUUAUUGUUCUUUGGGUGUGACUUCCCCAGUGUAAUAAUGGUCCUUUCUUUCCUUCAGUGUUGAUCCAGCUGUGCCCUUUCUGUGAAAAACUGAUGGGCCCCUGACCUCAGUGCGUUUCAGUGAUACCCAUUCCAGCUUCUCGGUUUAUCUGGGUCUACUAGUACUCCUGAACUACCCCAAACCCAUCUUAAAAUAAUUUCUUUUUCCUUCCCCACCCAGCAUUGGCCAGGUGAGUUUUUUUUCUUGAGCUCUGUUACCCUCUAAAAAGAAAGAAGCUACGGGAAACACAGAAAUGGUAUAUAAUGGUUGUAGGCUGAGGAGAAAACAUAGCUGGCUGCAGACCCUGUGCUGUGAGGGGUCCUUCAUGAGGUUCUAGGUCAAAGGCCCAGUAAUUCGAGCCAGCGUAGGAGGGUGUGAGGUCCCUGUAGGACCUCACUGACCAGGUUGGGUGUCAUGCGUGAGGCAUCCUGGCUCAAUUUGAGUCAUAGUUGCUAUGGUAGAUUUAUUUUUAUAUUAGUUAAUAAACUAACUUUCCUUAGUAAAGUCGUUGCCAGUGGAAAAUCGUGUCACUUUUUAGGUUCCCUUUGUGUAGUUCAGGCAAAUCUCAUUGUAUGUCCUUUCCUCAUUUCUUAAGCUAAGUCUGUUUGGAUCAUAUACAGGCUAGAAAGGGAUACAGGAAUUUUAGAAGUUUGCAUUGGUGGAUUCAGGGAAUCUCCUUUUUCAGUUGAUGUUACUAAGAAUAAAGCUGACAUUCUUCUUCUCUUAGGAAUUCUUAUGAAUGUAUAAUUGUGAGGCAUUGACUCUAUAUUUGAAAUUAGGAUAGGUUAUCUGUUGAAAAUCCGGUAGGAUUCUGAUUAUAUUCUAAGUUAGUUUUCUCUUACAGUGAGUAGACCUUCCUGAAGAGCCCAGGCUUUCUACUCUGCCCUCGGUCUUGUUGCAUGACCUGUUUCCUAGGCUAGCAGGAUUUCCUGAGACCAAAGGCAGAUCAGAAUCUCCAGGUCCGAUGGUCCCUGCUGUGAUCCUUAAUGCAGGAAGUGUAGGAAACACGUAGGUGAUGACACCAAUAUUCAUCAAAGCUGGAUGAGGUUCAGGGGUACCUUGGAUGAUCACUCUCUCUGAAGGAGUCUCUGGCAGGAUCAAGAGAGUCCUAGUGGUGAUAAGAGAGAUGCAGUCCGCAGAUGGAAACCUAUUAAGACCUUUGAACUUCAUCUUAAUGGCUAUGGAGGCCAACGAUGAGUGGCAAACAGAAGGACAUAGGGAAGCAUGGUAAUUGCGUUGUACCUAAUUGUACUGUACAAUUUGUUCACCCAAAUUUAUUGUUGGAUACAGAAGCCAUCUCCUGUUUUCUAGUAUGAUAAACAUUGUUGUGAUUAUAAGUAUUUCCUUACAAUAAAUUGCUCUAAGUAUAAUCGCAGAAUUAAUAA